GCAUCACCUAUAAGACAGAGAGGGAGAUCUGUGUGUGACAAUGGGAGCUAUUGUAGUAUUCGCAGUGUUACUGGCAACUUUAUCUUAUGGUCACUGUGUUGAACUCACACAGCCAGGCUCUAUGGUUGUAACUCCAGGACACUCCCUGACCAUCUCCUGUAAAGUCUCUGGGUAUUCCCUGACUGAUAGCAGCUACUAUACACACUGGAUCCGACAGCCUGCAGGGAAAGCUCUGGAGUGGAUUGGAUUAAUAAACUCGGGGAAGGUCUCCUGGAAGCACAUGAGGGACGUUACAGCAGCGCUGGAAUUCUGCUUCAGACACAUCAGCCUGCAGCCUGUCUUUGUCCCACACAGGGGACCCUGUGACCAGUGUGCGAAGGGUGUUGAAUGUCAGACACUGUCUGAGUCUGAACCAGCAGUUAAAAAGCCUGGAGAAUCCCACAAACUGACCUGUACAGCCUCUGGGUUCACAUUCAGUGGCUCCUAUAUGGCCUGGAUCAGACAGGCUCCUGGGAAGGGACUGGAGUGGGUUGCCACUAUUGGCACAUCUAGUUCACCCAUCAGCUAUGCCAAGUCUGUUCAGGGAAGAUUCACCAUCACCAGAGACGACUCCAACAGCAAGCUGUAUUUACAGAUGAACAGCCUGACAGCUGAAGACACUGCUGUGUAUUACUGUAGUCACCUGCUAAUCUGCAGGCUGUAA